UUUUAUUGUUUUAUUGUAUUUUAUUUUAUGUCAUGAAGAGAGAGAUAACACAUGUCAUAUUGUGACACUGUGCACCAGUAGAGAUACAGAUGUACCUUCAGAUUUUAUGCUUCCCCUUUGGUGUGUCUUGGGCACACAAAGUUACCACUGAUGUAGUGGAUACGCAUUGUGUUGUUAUAUUGUGGUCAGAUUUAGGCACAAACACCACUUGUUUAUGGGCAAAAGAAAUGUUCUUUGGCUUAAAGUACCCAGCCCUGGUGCCACACUCCCCGUGGGACACACCCACUGUUUGUGCCACACUCCCAGCAGGAAAGGCAGCGACAGGUCUCUUAUAGCAGCCAUGUUUGGUGCCUAGAACGCUGCAGCAAACAGCAGUUAUCAGCUAAAUUAUGACACAUUUUGUUGUUUGAUGAUCUUGAAUGGACGUCUGCAGCCUGACAGGCAUCUUGCCGAUGUGACUCGCCCUCCACAACCCCCUCCUCCACUGGAUGACACAAUCAGAUCACUGCAGCACCUUAAGCUGAAACUGACAGACUUGGCUGUUUCCAGAACUCCAGGAUGUUUCACCUGAAGGAUGGACGAUCCCCAAACCCUCAACUCUGUACCCUGAGUGUUUUAGUUUUCCACCACACUGUUGUCCUGCUGCUGCUAACACACUGCUCCGAAGGCUCUGUCUCCUCACCUGACAUAGAGAUUUCCAAAGUCAGCAGUGGAGUGUUGUUGGUGUGUGAGUCUGCAGGCUGGUAUCCAGAGCCUGAGGUGUUGUGGCUGGACGUUGAGGGAAACCUUGUCUCUGCUGGACCUCCAGAGACAGUCAGAGGUCCUGAUGACCUCUAUACUGUCAGCAGCAGAGUGACUGUGGAGAAGAGACACGGCAACAGCUUCACCUGUAGAGUCCAGCAGAGGAACAUCAACCACACCACAGAGACAACUGUUCAUCUUCCAGUUUCUCUCUUCAUGUUCGAGCCCAGCACUGCUGCUCGUAUCAUCAUCUGCUUGGUUGUGUCCAUCGUGCCUGUUGUUGCAGUUGUCAUUGUCGUGAUGAAAUGGAGACGAAACAAAAAAGAAACCACAGACCACAACACAGAAUAUCUGAUGGUGGGAGAAGGAGACAGAGAGACGCCCAUGACAGGAAGGGAGACUAUCAUAUAUCUGGACAACACAAAGGCAAAACUUGAUGAGGAGUUACAGAAGACUGAGGAAGAACUGAAACAUGUAAAACAGAUGGUUGAAAAACUGACGAAGCAGAAGACUGAUCUGAAGAACCAGACACAAGGACUCAACUCACUGCUGCAGGAGGACAAGGCGCAGAUGGUGGAGUGUGAGAAGAAACUGAGGGAGAAAACCAAAGUUGACAAAGAAGUAAAAAUGCAGAAGCGUUUAAAGGCCCAAAAGGCUGUGGAGUGGAGAAAGAGAGAACAUGAUGAACUGUCACUGAACACACAGGAACUACUGGAGACAACAGAGCAGAUGAUUAUUGAAAUGUCAGAGAGGAAGGGAAAACUAGAGCGAGAUAAAGAGCAAAUAAUGAAACACCUGGAGGUGACAGAGAGAAGGAGAGAAGAGGUUCAGAAGAAACUUCAGUCAGAGGGAGAAGAGGAAAUGAUAGAUACAGCACCCAGUGAUCCAUCAUGAUUGGUUCACUUUACUUCCUGUUAACACACUUUGUUGUAGAGAACCUGAGGCGUCUUUUCAGGUCCUUCACCAUCACCUGAAGCGUCUACCUGCUUAUUACAAACACCUCCAGCUACAGUCUGAACACAUGUUCCAGGUCAGG